GGGAAAGCCUUUAAAAACAAGAGCAAGGAUCUCACAGUCUUCACAAGACACAGCAGAGGAGCAUUAUACUUUUCUUGAGAACAUAAACCUCAGAAAAUGGAAACCGCAGCAAACUUCAGCCCAAGAAAAAAUGCUCGCCGAGCAAAAGAGUUAGUCCGUAAAGGAGAAUUCAUUGCAAUAAAAGAUCUGAAAAUGAGAGAUGACAUUAAAGGAGAAACUAUUUCCGGUUAUCUUUCAAAAGACAUACCAGAAUAUCCGACUCCUCUUGAGUUUCACAUCACAGAAGUGGCUCACGUCACUAACAAGACAAGCCUUCAGGACAUCUGGAAGUCAGAGGGAUUCAAGGGCCUUGAUAAAGAUUUGUUUUCAUGGUGGAGCCUGAAGAUCAAUGAAGCAGAUAUAACAGCAGCUGAGGAGCGUUACAUCGAGAAAUUGUUCCCAGACAUAACCAAAGAAGAAAAAAUAGCUCAUCCGCCAUUCCUGAGUGAAUUCACUACAUCACCCUUGUUCCUGAAUAAAACCUCACGCUACGGCAACUUCCGCUUCACGUUUCCUCUGACUGAACUGAUGGAAGCCUACAAGAAGCAGAAAUGUGAGGGUCAAGAGCCCGUUCUCCGAAUAUAUGGGACCAAACUUUUCAAGCAGGAGAUUGAGUAUGUUGUUCUUGUUCACAGCCCUGAGUUCAAUGAGAAGUUCAGAGAUUUUCCACUGCUAAAAUCCAGCCCAUUGGUUGCUUAUGAUGGACAUCAAAUCAUCUGGAAAGCCCAAGCUAUUUGUGAAACUCACAACUUCCAAGUGGUAAAACAUGGAAAGACAGCAAUGCCAGAACCCUUGCAUUCACAUGUGUGGUAUGUGUGGGAUCAGGUUAGCAUUGUUUUUCACACCAAAGACGUCCUGACUAUCUCUAAAAGAAAGAUGAAGGCAAGCCUCAGUUGCUGUGAACUGGAUCCAAAUGUAAAUCUUUCAAAAGGAGAAAACUGUGCUUCCCUUAUAGAAGCUGAAGAAAUACAUAAAGGCUUGCAAUAUGAUGAAGAAAAUGAAGAUGAAAAAGAAGAACAUAAAUACGUGGAAAUGGAAGUCGACUAAAGUGUUAUGCAAAUUAUGUAACAAUUUUGACAGUUUUGUGGCUUUGUAGGGUUUUGCUCUUCCUGACAAAU